GGAAGUGGGGCAGAUCUUCCCUUUGCUAAUCAUAUCGAACGAUCGUCAGCAUGCAGGCGGGACUCGCACGCUCCAAGGCGGGAAUACCCUGCCCUAGCCAGCAGGCAGCAAUUCAGCCGAGGCCGCAACAUGGCUCGAGACUUCGAAGUCCCGCUGAUGCCGGUGGCAAGGCUCUCCUGCGAGUGGUUCCCAAGGCUGCGAAAGUUGAGGAUGUCGGCCUCGAUUCCAGCCUCAGCAAUGGGGCAUCUGGAGCAUCCAACCCCCUUGCUUUUGACGAGCUGACUGAUAUCAUUCGGAUGGUUCACGACACAGACAUUGUAGAGCUGGAACUUAGGAGCAAGCGGUUCUCUUUGGCAGUGCGCAAGAAGGAGGCCAUCGAAGUUCCAGAGCCAACAGUCGUCUACCAGCAAGCGCCCCAGCAGCAGGGGCCGCAGUACGCACCACAGGCUUCGUAUGCAGCGCCACCUCCCAUGGGUGGGCCCCCGGCACCGGCAGCAGGCCCCACCCCGGCUGCGCCCUCAUCCAACGGCCCGGCACCCCCAGCGGUCGUCGACGGCGUCGAGGUGGCGUCCCCGAUGGCUGGCACUGUGUACCGGUCGCCUGCGCCCGGCGAGCCGCCGUUCGUGAAGGAGGGUGACAAAGUGACCAAGGGGCAGACCAUCUGCAUCAUUGAGGCCAUGAAGCUGAUGAACGAGAUCGAGGCUGAGACCACGGGAACUUUGGUGAAAUUCCUUGCUGACCAAGGAGCUUCUGUCGUGCCUGGUCAGGCCAUUGCUCUGAUCAAGCCUUAAAGCAGGCGACAGGGGAUUUUGAGCAUGCUGUCCACCGCUGUCACGGACUCCUACAUUGAAAUGCAAUGGGCUGUGGGACUGAUUUGUUGAAAUGCCUUCUCUGCUGUACAUUAGCGUGCUCGUAUGCACUCCAUUGGUUUUGCCGCUGAAGUGUAUUUGUGUUGAGCAAACAUGUGGCCGUAUCGAUGUUAGGUGAAAGUCUGAAAUUUACAGCUGGAGGGUAUCUGCUUUCUGACAUAAGUAAGGCUGCCAGCAGAGGUCUAUCUGUAAGGUAGAGCCUUCCA